GGGAUGAUGCAUCAUCAGAGCAGAUAUCUCGCUUAGGCCCUGCAUAACUAGCCCUAUGUACGGAGUACAUGUAGUCGAUUUAGAGAGAUUUAGAGACCAUCCGACCUAGCAGACCUGACCUGUAGGCGUCGUACCCGGGCCGGCAAUGGUGGGGCCGUUCUUCAGCCUCUCGGCAACAUGGCUGCCGCUGCCGCCGUCGCCGUGGCAGCCAUCAGUGGAAACAGCGCUGUUCUGGGGGCUGAGACAACAGGCGGGGUCAAUCAAUUGUCACCAUGAAUCCUGUCCAGCUGAAGCUGUCUCCUCUCCUCCCACUGCCCAGCCCACAUUAGGUAAUCCAGCGGGAGGAGCGCAUGGAUCGUGUCCUAACAACGGAGAGCUGGAGAUGCCCCGUCCCUGUCCUUGUCCAUACCCAUGUUCCCUGACACUGGAAAUCUCAGCCGGAGUCGUUUUCCUCCCCCCGACUGGGAAUCCAUCCCUGCAACCAAGCCGCAAGGCCCCCUCCCCCCUUUAUUUGAGCUGGACGACGGGGCAGGCAAGCGGGCCAACAUGGUCUGUUGUACUAUGUACGUAGUAAUAGUGUGGGCUACGUGCGGGAAAGUAAACAUGGGCAGCGUGAGUAAUUAACCUCACGGGGCCUAUGUUCCUUGUCUGUUGUCCUCCACAACUUUUCUUUGUUCAACCAUUUCGUCGUCGCCGUCACCGCGGUCGCAGUUGCAUUCGCAGUCGCAGUCAUACCUCCGUCGUCUCCUCCUCUUCCUCCUCCCAGAUUGCGCAGUAUUCUUCUCUCCGCCGCCCCC